CGAUUCGCUACAUAAACCAGCGCGACGAGUAGGGUUUUUGCCUCGGCUACUCCUCUCGUCUCUCGCCGCCUAGCACGUGCCGCCGUCGGCCCCAUCGCCUUCGAGCAUCAGCCAUGGCGGAGCAGACUGAGAAGGCUUUCCUGAAGCAGCCCAAGGUGUUCCUCUGCUCAAAGAAGACCACAAAGGGGAACAAUAAGCCUGGCAAGGAGGGUAACAGGUUCUGGAAGAGUGUUGGCCUUGGUUUCAAGACUCCCAAGGAAGCCAUUGAGGGAACCUACAUUGAUAAGAAGUGCCCAUUCACUGGCACUGUGUCAAUUAGAGGUCGCAUCAUUGCUGGAACAUGUCAUAGUGCUAAAAUGAACAGGACUAUCAUUGUUCGUAGGAACUACCUUCACUAUGUCAAAAAAUACCAGAGGUAUGAGAAGAGGCACUCCAACAUCCCUGCCCACAUUUCCCCUUGCUUCCGUGUGAGAGAAGGAGAUCACGUGAUCAUUGGCCAGUGCAGGCCGCUGUCCAAGACGGUGCGGUUCAAUGUGUUGAAGGUCGUCCCGGCAGGGUCAAAGAGUGGUGCGGUGAAGAAGGCAUUCACCGGUGCUUGAGCAAGUCAUGGCAGAAUCCGAAACCUUUUCACCAUGAAAUUUUGAUGUCACAUCAUCUAUAUUGUUCCAUCUGUGUGUACUAGGGUUUUGUCUCGAGAGUUCCCCAAAUUUCAAGUUAAGAGUGAAUGGUUUAGUGAAGUUCAGAGUGCUUCGUGAAGAAGAUUAUUGAUGCAGUUACCUGGUUACUCGUUAAUAUACAUCACUCGUUUUUGGCUUC